AUGCCUGAGCCAGCUAAGUCUGCUUCUGCUCCGAAGAAGGGCUCCAAAAAGGCGGUGGCCAAGGCCCAGAAAAAGGACGGCAAGAAGCGCAAGCGCAGCCGCAAGGAGAGCUACUCCGUGUAUGUGUACAAGGUGUUGAAGCAGGUUCACCCGGAUACCGGUAUUUCCUCCAAGGCCAUGGGUAUCAUGAAUUCAUUUGUCAACGACAUCUUCGAGCGCAUCGCGGGCGAGGCGUCGCGUCUGGCGCAUUACAACAAACGCUCGACCAUCACGUCCAGGGAGAUCCAGACGGCCGUGCGCCUGUUGUUGCCCGGGGAGCUGGCCAAGCACGCCGUGUCCGAGGGCACCAAGGCUGUUACCAAGUACACCAGCUCCAAAUAA